AGCCAAGCAUAGUUAAUAGUUGCAAGUCUCUUUGUUUCUCAGUGGCUUUGAGAGAGUUGAGUGAAAAUGAAGGCAUCAUAUUCAUACAUUGCAAUUGCAUUGUGCCUUGUGGUUGUGGUGUUGUUGGGCAAAGCAGAUGUUUCAAUGGCAGUAACAUGCAACCCAACAGAACUAAGUCCCUGUGCAGGAGCAAUAACUUCUUCAACUCCUCCAUCCACAAUAUGCUGCACCAAGAUCAAGCAACAGAAGCCCUGCCUCUGCCAGUAUCUCAACAACCCCAACCUCAAGAAGUUUGUCAACACCCCAAAUGCCAGGAAAGUUGCUAGGACUUGUGGCACUCCCUUCCCCAAGUGCUAGCUACAUACAUCCAUGGAUGAUUGCAUCAUGUCUCACAAACACCUUCAGCAAUGCAAUCAAGGGGAGGGACUUAUAUAUAUAUAUUAUAUAUGUGUGUGUUUGUGUGCGCGUGCACACGUAUCUUUAUCUUGCUCAUUAAUUAGUUCCAUGAUUUGCCUAAUAGAUAUUAGAAAGAGUUAACUCAUAUGUGCUUAAUUUGGUGUGUUUUAUUUUAUGGCAUAUUAAUAUCCAUCUGUAUUCUAUAAGCUAUGUAUUUUAGUAAAAGGCACUACUUGUUGUUACAUGCCACAUGCCAGCA